AUGGCGGUAGAUCUGGCAGAUCUCUUGGCCAAGGCACUCCCCACGGGGGUUGAGAUCACCGUUCGCCAUGUCUCCUCAACUCCUACUCCCUGCGAGGCUCUCUUUGCAGCUGCGCCGGGCCAGGUCUCCGAGCCGACAUUCUGCGAAAAUCAUUUCCUCUCCGUGUCAAUUGACGCCAAUGAUGACGGUGAAACAAUUAUCUUCGGAAUGGAGGUGAUGGUCUACAACACGGCCCACUUGACCACCAUCUUCAUCUCCAAAGCCGACUCGACUGGUCUCCUGCAUCUCCUAAAAUUACCGCGCAAGGUCUCUGUUCUGAGAUUGGUCUCAAAUACAUUUCUCUCAUUUCUGGCGCGAACCCGCCAGCGGCCCGGUGUACGCCUGGUCGUGUCGCUGUUCGCCCGCGCCCAGAAUCAGUACCUAUUCCCGGGCAGUAUUGAGAACGCCGAAAAGCAUGUUCUGGACGAUCGAGGCUUAAUCAAGUGGUGGUGUUGUGUUCUCGAUCCGAUUUUACGCGAGCACGAGCCAGAGUCUGCUCUUCAAGAGACGAAAGCGCUGGAUCAAACAGUCGAAGCUGCCAAGGCCUCUGCCACCGCAUACUUGAUCGUUCCAAGCUGCGACCGCUUUGAAACGCGCAAUUUCUUUCCGCCUACGGCCAAGACCGAUGCACAGGAUCGCCCACGGUGGCUCAACAGCUACCCACUGAAGCAAUUGUACCACGACCCUUCGGCUCCUCCCCGCUGCUUAGUGCCUCGUUUCCCCGACGAUCCCAAGACUCGUUUCCUCGUCGACCUGGACAGUGAACUUCCUGAAUCGAAGGAAGGUGAGCCUGUCGCCCCCAAUGCUGGACGCUGGCGCAGUGUACGGUCCUUGGACCAAUUCUGGGAGAUGAUGUCCUUCCGCCAGGAAUGUUCUGCUGGUCGGUUAGUUGGCUUCCUGUGGCUAGUGAUCAAUCCUCCUGGUCUGAUGAACUCGACGUCAAUGGAAAGUCAGACACGCGGUUCCUCUGACAACUCCACCAUUUCGGGCGAGCUGAAAGUGGAGAAUGGCUCGAGCCAGUCCGAAGAAAUUGCCACGUUGACGACCACAGAUACCUCCCCAAAACUUCCCCGGGAUGAUGGAUCUAACACUGUCAACCCUUUCGACUGGCCGGAGGCCGGACGCGGACAAGUCGUUCUCAGCGAACCGGACUACAAAACGAUGAUGGAUUCGGUUCUCGACCAUUUCUAUGAUGAGAAAGAAGUCAUCGCCAGUACCAAACUCUACGUCGACCAAGUUUCCUCUCUCGCGGAUGAGCUUACGUGGGGCAAGAAGGUUGUCGGCACCAACACCACGAGCAGCACUACUCAGCCUGCCAAUACCACCGCCAACAAUGUCCUUGAUCUCGGAUUGAUCCGCAAGCGAAAGAAGUCAUUGGGCGAGGACAACAUGCCCGCUGUGAAUGCCCAAACACCGAGUGGAUCGGGAGACACGCAACCUACUCCAUCAGAGCCGACUAGUGUCAACGUGCUGAAUGCGAGCUUGGUCCGGAAGAAGAAAAAAACUUGA